AUGUCGCCCUCAACACCAACCUCAUCCAUCUACGACACCCUCCCCGUCUCGCCCCUCCACCUCCCCUCGUCUUUCAACUUCGCCACCUCCAUCGUCGACCACUGGGCCCGUAAAUCCCCCGACUCUGUUGCCCUAUACUGGACAAACCAAGACCUCACCCAAAGCCUUAAAUUAACCUACUCUCAUUUCUCACGCCAAUCACAACGGAUCGCGCAUUUAUUGACCACGACACUCGGUCUCCAACAAGGCGAAACAUGUAUCUUGAUCUCAUCACGUGUCCCCGCUUGGUGGGAGAUUGCCACGGCAUGUCUACGAUCAGGUAUCAUCAUGUGUCCAGCGACAACAUUACUCGUUGAUCGAGACAUUGAAUCCAGGAUUCAAGUUUCAAAGGCAGCGGCAUUUAUUGGUGACGAGGCCGCCGUGGCGAAAUGUCAGAAAAUCAGGGCCAACUGUCCUGGAUUGAGGGUCGUGAUGCAAAUCGAGGGAACCGUCCCCAGCAACAAUACCAACACCAACAAAGUCAUCGACUUCCACACUCUCCUCUCCAGCAUCCCCCCUUCCACCACCUUCACCACCCCUCCAUCCCUGCUAAACUCACCUACAUCUCCCGCCCUCACAUUCUUCACCUCCGGCACCACGGGCCCCCCAAAACUGGUAUUACACACUCAAACCUCCUACCCGCUCGCCCACGCCCUCACGGGAACCCACUGGCUCAAUCUCACCUCCUCCCCCCAACAAUCCAUCUACUGGAACCUCUCUGAACAAGGCUGGGCGAAAGCCGCAUGGUCAUUCUUCAGCACGUGGAACUGCGGCGCCACAUUAUUCGUGCACGACGAUCGACUUCCCUUCUCUCCUCGCCGGACGUUAUCCGUACUGAAUAAAUUCCCCAUCACCACAUUAUGUGCGCCGCCGACGGUGUAUCGACAACUAGUGCUGGACGACGCAAGGAAAUUCUUUGCGGAUCCCGAGGGUGGGAAACCCAAGGCAUUGAUGCAUUGUUGUGGAGCAGGGGAACCUUUGAAUGAAAGUGUGAUUACCACGUGGAAGGAAAUGACGGGUGGCAAGAUUGAGAUUUUCGAUGCCUAUGGUCAGACGGAAACGACGGUCGUGUGUGCGAAUCAAAAAGGGAAUAGGGUUAAGCCGGGGAGUAUGGGGAAGCCGAUUCCAGGUGUGCCAUUGAAAGUGGUGGAUGAAGACGGAGAGGAGACGGGGGAUGGAGUCGAAGGGGAUAUUGCGAUUGAUGUUACGACGAGAAAGCAAGGGAGAAGAGAUGGGUUUUUUGGCUUCUUUGAGGGAUAUAUCGAUCGUGAGACAGGGAAGAUUGAUGAUCGUAUCAAGACGUUCCCGAAUGGGAAGAAAUUCUACAUCACGGGCGAUAGAGCCACCAGGGAUAAAGAUGGUUAUUUCUGGUUUGUGGGAAGAGGUGAUGAUGUGAUUAAUUCCAGUGGGUAUCGAAUAGGCCCAUUCGAAGUAGAAUCGACAUUGAAACUCCAUCCAUCGGUCGUGGAAUCCGCCGUUGUGGCUUCACCUGACCCGGCGCGAGAUGAAGUCGUCAAGGCAUUUGUCGUCUUGACUGAUCAGAUCUUCCAAUCGAUCAACUCCGAUCAGACUGGUAAGAAACGUGAUCAGUUGGUCAAAGAACUACAGGAUUUUUGCAAGACGAAUGCCGCGCCAUAUAAAUAUCCGAGAAAGCUCGAGUUUGUGGCUGCUUCUUUUCUACCAAAGACUAUCAGUGGGAAGAUUAAACGGGCAGAGUUAAAGGCUCUGGAGAGGAAGAGAUAUGUUGAUGCAAACAAGGCCAAGUUGUAGAUUGU